CUCGAUCGGCUAGUCGUUUUAUAUUAUAUAAAAUCAGCCACCGCGGGCUACCCGUAAGUCAUUUAGUGUUCAGAGUUCGAAUCGCUAGGAUUUCCCAGCUCCAGAUCCUUCGGGAUACUUUCUGCACCUCAUCUGUUCAGAUCGUUUAUGUGCGCGUGUGAGUGAAUGAAUUGCAGCUGCAAGGUGUUGUAGAAGAUCAUCUCCCGCCGCUGUUUCCUGUCCAUCAUAACAUCGAAUAUCCUUAGAUCCUGUAAACAGUGUUCCCAGCUGUUUGUGCCCAGCCAAAAAUUGAAUCCUGCUAGUGUUUGAAUCCCGUCUAUCAAAUCUAUCACAAUGAAAGCUUUCGCAGUCUGCUUCGCCUUCAUCCUAUCGCUGGCACUUUCCGCAGCCCAGCAUUUUGGCGGUCCCCUUCCAGCAUUCGGACUGAGCUCACUGACCGGAGACUUCGGCGGACCGAGCGCCUUUGGUGGACAGGACUUCAGCUCUAGCAGUUUAACCGCCGCCACUAACGCCGGUCGCGAUCCACGACAGAACAGAGGCCCAGUCGUGUUUCCAGCCCCACCAACCGAUGGCCCCAUGGAGUCCAGCGGAGUCGUCGUUGGUGCUUCCGGUUACGGAUUCGUUCCCCCUAAUCCGCAACAAAAACCCCGGAAGAAGUAUCAGUACCAUCGACACAGAAAACCGGUGUCUCAUUGGGUCGUUCCACCGAAGAAACCACGCCCUCUACAAUACACCACCGUUGGCAAGAAACCAUUGAGAUACCCUCCGCCCUACAAAAUCAGUCGACCGGUUGCGCUGGAAUCACCGCGGCCCAAGCGAACCAACGUCAAGUACGUGACGGCUUUUACGGUUCCCGGAUCGUGAGGUCGUGACCGAAUGCGGCACGUCACUUGAUCGGCUGGCGCGCGCUUGUUGUUACCGCAUGUGUACAUAGUGUUGUUCUAAUGUUAAUUUAUGUGCAAUAAGUAGUACAAAAUAUAGCCAUAGAAGAUCG